AUGUCCCUCGAAAAGGCCCAGGAGUUGGACACCAAGUAUCCAACAUACAAGGAUGAGUUUGCAGUUCCUACUUUCAAGUCGUUGGGAAUCGAAACAUCUCAAUUCAAUGAGAACACCGACUCAAUCUAUCUCUGCGGAAAUUCGCUUGGAUUGAUGCCAAAAUCCACGAAACAGGCUAUCAACGAUGAGUUGAAUGCUUGGAUCGAACGAGGAGUAGAAUCUCAUUUCAACCAUCCUGGCCAGAGUGAAGGGAAGACGCCAUGGGUAGAUAUUGAUCUUCCCUUAGUUCCCCUUGUAGCCCCAAUAGUAGGAGCCAAAGAGAACGAAGUAGCAGUCAUGGGGUCGUUGACAAGCAACUUGAAUGCUCUCUUAAUAAAUUUCUACAAGCCCAAGGACAAAAGAACAAAGAUCUUGUUUGAAAAACAGGCUUUUCCAUCUGAUUACUAUGCCUUUUUGAAUUUGGUGAAGCUUCAUGGAUACGAUGAGAGCCAUUUGGUGCAAUUGAAGGUCCUUCCCGGUAACACGUACCUUACCACUGAACAAAUUAAAAAGGCUGUAGAUGACAAUAUCGACGAAUUGGCCAUGGUGUGCUUUCCAGGAAUUCAAUACUAUACUGGACAAUUCUUCAAGAUCGAGGAAAUCACCAACUAUGUCAAGAACAAGGGUAAGAAUGAAAUCGUCGUCGGCUGGGACUUGGCGCAUGCUGUCGGAAAUGUGCCUUUGAAGUUGCACGAUUGGAAUGUAGACUUUGCUGCUUGGUGUUCAUACAAAUAUUUGAACUCUGGCCCGGGUGGUAUUGCUGGUAUUUAUGUUCAUGAACAGUACACCAAGGAUAACUCCAAAACAAGCUUUUCCCCUAGACUUGCUGGCUGGUGGGGAAACAAUGCUUCGGACAGAUUCAAGAUGUUGGAAGAAUUUGAUCCCAUUAAUUCAGCUUUGUCAUAUAGACAAUCCAAUCCUUCAGUUAUAGAUGUAGUUGCUGUGAAAUCUUCGUUGGAGCUCUUCAAGAAGGUAGGCGGUGUACCCAAGUUGAGAAAAAAGAGCAUAGCUUUGACUCAAUUCUUGCAAGAUUUGCUUGUCUCUUCCAAGUACUACUUCAGGUCUGAUAAUGAUACCGACAGAAGUAAGAUUGGCUUUACCAUUUUGACCCCGUUGAACCAGGAGGAGAGAGGGGCUCAAUUGUCUGUACUUUUCCAGCCUCAUUAUGAUGAUAAACAGAAGAACAUCAUGGAACGAGUUAGUGGAUACUUACAUAACCACGCUAUCAUCUGCGAUGAAAGAAGACCUGAUGUAAUUAGAUUUGCACCUUUGCCAUUGUAUAACACUUUUGAAGAGACUUACUAUGCUGCGCAGAGAUUAUUUGAAGCAUUGGACAAGAUCUCAUCUGAAGAGAUUUAA